UCACCCCCCUCCUCAACACCUGGCAAACCUCCUGCCUCCUGCGCACCGACCCCACCCGCCUCACCACCCGCGCCUUAAACAGCUACUCCUCCCCCACCGACCCCCAGCACCGCGCCUUCCGCUACACAACCCCCAAGCUCCGCCUCGAGCACAACGACCUCCUCGACUCCCCCGUCCUCCUGCACGCCAAAUCAUUCCACCUCAUCUGCUCACCCACCCGCUGCAUCAGCCUCGUCACCAACAUCCUCUCUCUGCGCAGAGAAACCCUCUACCCCCUCUCCCCCCCCAAACCGCUCUUCAUCUGGGAACCAGUCCCAGACUGCUGUCUCCCCACCGAGCUUCUCUCCACCACCGCAGCACUCGGAUACGUCGACAUAUGCUCCCCCAACCACUCCGAGCUCGGCACCCUGAUGAGCUCCCCCGCUUCCCUCCCAGAUGGCUCCGUAGACCGCACGUUCGUCGAGGACGCGGCGGAGAUGCUAUUAGCGUCCAUGCCCCUCUCCGCAGUCGCGAUCAUCGUCCGCUGCGGCGCGGACGGGUGCUACAUCGCGCAAAACGGGGGACGCUCAGCCCCAACACACCCGCGCCCUACACCGUCCUCAAACUCGAACCUCGCGUCCCCUCCUCCCCCUCCCCCGAAGAAAGCGAAGAAAAUCUGCGGUGGGGGACUGGCGCUCACGGCGGAUAUAGACAUGAUGUCCCUCUUCGCUGAUAUCCCCUCCUCCCCCCCCUCGCCCACUUCCACUUCUCCCACCUCCUCCGAACCGGAAGAAGACGACCAUUCAACCCGCGACUUCGGCCUCUCGACGUGGCUCCCACCCUACCACACCUCUUCUGAAAAGGUCAUCGAUCCCACGGGAGGCGGAAACGCGUUCCUCGGCGCCCUAUCUAUAACGCGCGCGCGCGGGGCGGGGCUGGAGGAGGCGGCGCGGUGGGGGAAUGUGGCGGCAAGUUUGGCGAUUGAGCAGGUGGGGAUGCCGGUUCUUAGUUUUGAUGAGUGGGGGGAGGAGAGGUGGAAUGGGGUGGAUGUGGGGGAGAGGAUGAGGGAGUUGGAGGGACGGCGUGGGGUGGGGGAUGAGGGGUUGGCGGGGCGUAUGGUGGGUGUGUCAAUAUGAGAGGUUGGAGGUUAGUUGAUGGGGAAGGAGAUGGGCGUUUGAAGGGGAGUUUUGGGUUUUUUUUGAAGGUUUGAAAGAGAGAGGGUGGGUGGGUUGAAUUCGUGAUACUACCAUUCUUGUGUGUCUGCUUGCUCCAAGGCGCCUUAGCGUUGAAAAG